UGGAGAGGGCAGCCUUCAGCAGGCUUUCAGGCUGAAAGGAUAAUGAGACAGCCCAACAAUCAGUUGAUUCUUUCAGUUUCCCCAAUAUAAAUUUUACAUUGGGGCUGCCCCUCUGUGAUUUUUGCACCCCAGCUGAUUGAUUGGAUUGGUUUUUAAGAGAAAAUAGGAGAGGAGCAGUGCAGAGUGCUCUUUUAUCUAUGUGCGCAACCCAGUCGCCAAGAAAAAACGUUGACGGUGUACGUUUCCACAACACAGUCUCACUCCGAGAACGUCAAAUACCGACUGUUGGCAAAGGCCCUUUAGCGUCGGUGACUGACGUGAAAGGGACCCUUUUUAUUCGCUCUGUGACGUUAAAGGUACCCUUCGGCGUCUUCUGCAUACGGAAUGGGGGGUGCCUCACUACGUCUCUAAUAGACGAUGUGAGCAUCUUUCCUAUUGGAUAGUUUUUUAGGAUAUUCUUCUGUGAAAAUGGCGGACAUACUUUUUAUCCUGGGUGGAAAAUAUGAUAUUUUAGAAUAGUUACACCAUUAAAAGUGUUUAUGUAAACAUUUUUACCGAGAAAUGUGCCUUUUACUUUCAUAAUCGUCGUUCGGCGAAUGUGAAGGAUGUUUGGUUUGAUAGAUAUGACGAAGAAUAUUUCAUCGGGCGAUAAUGGCCGGCGUACAGGCAUCCCGGGCUCACGAAAAUAGGUGACACUGUCACGUUAUUUAAUCUAUUGAAACGUGAUCAGGUACACGUAUUUUCUAAAUGUUCGUGUCAAAAAGCACAAUUUUCAAACUCAUGCAUAUCAAUUGGAAGUAUUUGUCGUGAUUUGUCACUAAGCACGACUUCCAUCUAAGGUUCUGUCCGGGAGCUUUCUCCCUAUUGUCCCUUAAGGAGCUCCGUACAGAACAUUUAUUGUUAAAAAUUGUCUGUGAUAACUAAGAAUAUGACAGCUUUUGGCCACCCGUUUCUACUUAAAAUUGUCUGUGAUAAUAUGACAGCGUUUGGCCACCCGUUUCUACUUUCACCUUUGAUUCUGAGAUAUGUGAUAAUUCACGGAUAUAUUAAAUGCAGGUGCGCUGCUCUGUAGGCAAACCGCGAUGGAAAAAAGGGUAGAUGCUUCAUCGGAAAAUAUGGUAUUUUAGCAUAGUUACGCCAUUAAAAGUGUUUAUGUAAACAUUUUUUAGCGAGAAAUGUGCAUUUUACGAAUGUGCGAAUAUGAAGGAUGUUUUGUUUGAUAGUUAUGGCGAAGAAUAUUUCAGUCGUCUCCACAUAAUGAUUACAACAUGGUUGCUAUGAUGGUUGCUACGGACGCUGAAACCAGCAGCUCGCAAGCCGUUUAAAUCAUGGGUAUAAAACCAUUGUCUUUGCUGGUUAUGUAAGGGAUAAUGUAUAGAACAAUUAUUGCCUUCAGGCGAUAACGGCUUAUUUUAGAUAAUGACCGGCGACGCUCAUUACACGGAUACUUGCCUAAACGAAAUACUAACUUCACAUGGUGUGUCUUUUUACUAUUAAUUUGUUACCAGCAUUCGUAGUAUCCAAACAAAUCCUUCGUUUACCUUGACAGCGGUCAAUUAUACUUGGCAACGAUGAAUUAUCAAAUAUAAUUCACGCCGGAAGUUGUGAAGGGUGAACCGAGCGUUCCACGGCAUUGAAAAGACCCGUGUAAUAAGAUAUUUUAUGUAACCUUAUAAUAAUGUUCUCCUAUUGAACAACAUUAUGGCGUCUUCUUUCUUGGGAUUUCCUGUGAGCAGCUGCUCCGGUCACACAUGUAUUAACCCGACAUCGGCUCUAAUAGACGCUAUCUGUCCUACUUGAUAGUUAUAAGAACGAUGUUUAUGGCUAGACAGAUGUUUCAAUGACGUCAGGUUGCUAGGGACGGGCUGAAAGACGCCGUGGGCACCUGUCCCAUUGGAAGUCAGAGGACCUGUCCCGGUAGUAGUGUAAUGUCCGUUUUUAGGUUUUUACCCUAACGAUGAUUUAAAAAAAAUAUCUGUGACGCUUCUUGCCCUUAACACAGCAUUGUAUCCUUGUUAAUUACACAAGCCAAUGUUACGUACAUCUUUUUCCGGAUUUUCCGACCGUCGUCCUUGGCGGAAGUUGCAGUUUUCGCGCUACCAACCUCAGGUAAGAACUCGCAUUGAAUGGUUAAGAGACUAAAAAUAAGAAGUAGGACUAAAAACGACGCCACAAAGGUUGAUAGUAUCAGCCCAAAUGAAGUGGAUAGCCCGUUUAGAACUGUACAGUAGCAAUUUAAUUUGACAGAUUUAUUUAAGACACUACACUGUCAUAAAUGUGCACAGACGUAUUUUAGCCAGCUAGUAGCCUAUCCGAGCCCUACAGCCAGCUAGUAGGGCUACAGGAUGAAAAAGGCUGCGUCUUUAAAUGUAAUCUUUAUUUUGGUGUACAUUUAUUUGAAGAGCCUUGCAUAAACUAUAUUGACCGUUGCUAUGAACAAGAAACAUGUUUCCUAAAUGUUUAAAUCAUGUCACGAUGUAAUCUUGAAUGUGGUGUGUGAUGGUUACCUUGCAUCAAUGACUGAGAUGUGCUUUGAUUUCCUAUGCAUCAAAAUAGACAUUGCAUACACAACUGGAUUUGUUUUGUUAUAUUUGCAAUUUCAUUUUAAUAAAAUAAAAAGUCCAUAGGGUAAUCCUGUUUGCCAUUUGGCUAAUUAUAUGGUCAGCAAUAUGUUAUGAUGGUAUUGAUACCAUUGUUGCCUUUUCCCACUGGCAGCCCUUACAGUAGCCUACAUCCAGAUGGGAUACUUAACCUAAUUGCCAUUUGUCUUUGAAUGUAUAUUUACAAUGUGCAUCAAUAAAUUAAAAACAUUUUAACUGGUGAAUACUUUAUACUAUGACAAGUAUUGACUGCAUAUUAUAGCUUCUAUCACUCCAAUUGCAAUAGGACCAAUAUAUAUGAAUGAAACAACGUACCACUUGUAGUAUUUUAUACUGUAAUGAACUGACAGCAAACAUUUCACCAUCAUUUGCAGAAUGACAAAGCCAAAAACGAGGCUGUGCCCUUCCUGCCAGACCCCAAAUAUGCUGAGGAGGAAGACCUGUGCAAAUUGUGUCUGCCCUCUUCAGCAGAGUGGCAAAGAUUUGCAAAGAUGGGCAAAGUCUGUGAAGGCCAACAAAAACGCACACAGGACCUUGGAGUCGGCCCAUGUAUCGGUGAAUAAACUAAAUGCUCUUGGGUUCUGCCCUUUGUUAUUUGUGGGACGACAUGGCCGAAAAGGAGAAUUCAACGGGGACAUGCUUCACCAUAUCCCGGUCAAUGAUGAGGUGGUGCGGGAAAUCCUGAAAAAAAUGGGCAAGCUUUAUGAGCACCUGCUGAAGAAGCUGCAUCUCCGCCAGGGCGCAUCAACAGCUGUGCCUGGGCCAAUGGCGGACAGUGCUCGGUCUGGAGCAGGGCCAGGACCAGGACCAUCCUUCACCCCCUCUCAGCCUCCUCCCCCUCCACCCUUCACCCCCUCUCAGCCUCCUCCCCCUCCAACCUUCACCCCCUCUCAGCCUCCUCCCCCUCCACCCUUCACCCCCUCUCAGCCUCCUCCCCCUCCAACCUUCACCCCCUCUCAGCCUCCUCCCCCUCCAACCUUCACCCCCUCUCAGCCUUCUUUUCCUCCACCCUUCACCCCCUCUCAGCCACCUCCACCCUUCACCCCCUCUCAGCCUCCUCCACCCUUCACCCCCUCUCAGCCUUCUCCCCCUCCACCCUUCACCCCCUCUCAGCCUUCUCCCCCUCCACCCUUCACCCCCUCUCAGCCUCCUCCCCCUCCAACCUUCACCCCCUCUCAGCCUUAUUUUCCUCCACCCUUCACCCCCUCUCAGCCACCUCCAACCUUCACCCCCUCUCAGCCUCCUCCCCCUCCAACCUUCACCCCCUCUCAGCCUCCUCCCCCUCCAACCUUCACCCCCUCUCAGCCUCCUCCCCCUCCACCCUUCACCCCCUCUCAGCCUCCUCCCCCUCCACCCUUCACCCCCUCUCAGCCUUCUCCCCCUCCACCCUUCAACCCCUCUCAGCCUCCUCCCCCUCUAUCCUUCACCCCUUCUCAGCCUUCUCCCCCUCCACCCUUCAACCCCUCUCAGCCUUCUCUCCCACUGGUGAAAGAAUGCCGCAAACACAGGACACAGAAGGUGUUCCUGUAUGAUAGGAUUUUAAGAAAAAGAGUUGCAAAUGGAAGAGCAGAAGUGAAAGUGAGGUGGCAAUCAUGCACAAAAUGUGGCAAGGCCUGGAAGGACACGUGGGAGCCAGCUGAGCAGUAUCAACAGAAAUAAAGUCCUGUUUAGUUCUCACCUGUAUAUGUUUCAAUAUGUUAUAUGUUAAUUCUGCCGUUGGAAUAACACACACACACACACACACACACACACACACACACACACACACACACACACACACACACACACACACACACACACACCAAAAUAAUGUUCAAUAAAAUAUGUUUUAUGGUAUGUUUGUUGUCUUUUUAAAUAAUUUUUGGAUUUUUUUCUUUGAUAAUGGCGGACAGUUUUUAUUCUUGGUGGAAAAUAUGAUAUUGUAGUGCCAGAGGAAAGGGAGAACGUAGGCAACGUAAUAAGAACCGUUUUAAUCCAGAAAACAAAGCAGAACAGUGGGUCUGUUCGAAACCACCUACUUGCUUCAUACUCUUACUAACUAUGACGUCAAAUUGAGUAAGUAGAACGUAGUAAGCGAGUUUUAGGUAAGCGAGUAGUAUCCGAAUGUCUUCUACUUCCGGAAAGAUUUUGUGUAAGCAUCGCUAGCUUACUAGACGUACUCAACCGCCCCAGAAGGCACUGCGUCUAUUCAGAAGAACAAUGGAAGCAAUGGCGCUAAACGGGGAGCCGCAGCAGCAGAGCCCACAGCUAUACAUUCUAUAUUAACUGGCAAUCUAGCAUUAGGACAAAGAAGAGGAAACGCGGGAAAAUCUGACAAUAGACAAGAAAAAAUAAUAAUAAUUAAUCAUAAUUAAUAAAUGUUUUUUUUAAUAAUUGUUUUUAACAUAUCACCGCAAAUCCUUAGGUUGAAGAUGUACUGUGACGUGUAAAUGUGACGUUUAUAUAUUUAUUCAUAAUAUUUAUUAACGGCGCCCGGCCGGUAGGUUAUUGACACGUCAUUUGACACGUCAUUUGAUUCACGUCAUCUGAGGUGGUUAAGUAAGAACGGUCUUCCGAACGUCGAUUACUCAAAUGGAUUACUCAAUCAUUAUUUAAGGAUUCGAGUAGUAAGCCAAGUAUUGAGUAGAUAGUAAGUAGUAAUUAGUAAGUCAUUUCGAACAGACCCAA